AUGGUUGGACUGAGCGCCGAUUACAACUUAUCUGCGCCGGAGGUUUACAAAGACUUUGUCGCCUGGUGCCUCCGACGAGAGCUAAGCUUAGGCAUCUUAGCCCAACAGCGGUACAAUAACGGUAAAGUCAAACCAUCGCCUGAUUAUCCAAUACUUCCUUCCUGGGCUACAGAUUGGAGCGGAGUUAGCGGGUCCCUGAAUUUCAACACUACGGAGACUAAUCCCCUUGGUGGGAGGCUGAAGCAUAGACAAAGAAAUUGGGUUGAUCAUUGUUGCAGACGAGAUGGAGAUACGUUAAUUGUUGGAGGUUUCACGAUUGACACCAUCAAGGAGCCAGCUCCCCCAAGAGUCUACUAUGACCGCGACUCACAAAAGAAGUGGAUUGAGUCCAUACCGGAGGGCCGGGAAGAAAAUUCUAUAUUGUUUCCCUGUGGACCACACAGUGCCGCUCAAAGCACCGCUGAGAAAUUUCUAGAUAUGCCACAUAUGUGGCGAGAUGGUUGUCUUGCUGUUACAUUUCCAUAUAUGAAUUACGAGAACAAGCCUAAAGUGUGUGCUCUAUACGGUGGACGAGCCCUGUUUAUUCUGCAACCAGUCCUCGGGAAUACUUCUGGAACGCCACUUUACAAUCUUGUCUGUGGCGACUGUCUUAUUGAUGGGUUUCAGAAUGGCAAAGGGAUUCAAAUGGCGAGAAGGCUUGGCUUGCAAGAAAUGGAAUUUCGCAUAGUGUGAGCAGUUUCUGAAAAGUAUAUCUGCUCCAUCGCAAGAUGCGACCCGCAUCAAGUAAUACAUACAUCACUGUUGCAGUAACCUAGUCAUUUGGUGACAUGGUCCAACAUCUUCUCUUGAACACAUGUUAGUUUAAAAGGAUAGCAAUUG